UAAAUUUCGGAAUCCAUUUCCCAGUUUUCAGAAAGCUCAUAACACCGUUUCUCUCUCUCUCUCUCUCUCUCUCUCUCUGACAAAGAAAGAAGAAGUUGAAGAACAAAGAACUCGCUUAUUCCGUUUCUAUCGCUUUCCGACAUUCUCUUCUUUCUUCACACUUCUCUUUGUGAAGAAGAGGGAGGGGAAUUUGUUUUGUGGCUUUAUUCCAUUAGAUUGCUGUGAGAAGUUGAAAUCUUUGAAACUUUGGAGGGUUUUCUUGACUGUUGAAUGAUUGCAAGCCAUGAAAACCAGGAGUGUUUCGAGUGCCGAGAAGGGUAAGGGAAAGCAAACUGCAACUGCAACUGCAAUUGCAACUGAACCGGUAAUGGCAUUGGGGGAUCUGAUAUAUAUUCCGCUUCGCGGUGCCUCCAAGUGGUGGCCGGCGCAGGUUACUGAUGAGAAGAGUGUUAAUGAAAACUUGAGGCCGAAAAAGAAAUUGCUGAGGGAAGUCCUUGUUAGGGUGUAUGGAAGCUAUAUGUACAAAUAUGUGGAUCCUGUUAAAUCGCAUGCUGAUUUUGAGAAUGUACUCAAGAAGAACGAUGGUGAUUUACACAAGAUUCUUCAGGAAUCUCUGGAAAAGGAUCUUCCUAGCAACAAACCCAAAUCAAAGGAGUCACCAGCCAAGAAUAAAGGGGGAUCAAGUUCAAGCAAGAGAAAAUCGGCCGGGGGAUCAAGUUCAAGCAAGAGAAAAUCGGCCCCGAAAGAUGAGAAGCAGGAUGAAGCUAAGUCCCAGAAACAAAACGAAGAAGAUCCGUCAAAUACCAGGAAUCAACAACCCCAUUCAGAAAGUCCCAAGAACUGAGUAAAAGGAGGAUAAGAGUGAUGGAAAGCCUUGGUCUCAUUGCUCCACCUGGUUCCCCAUUUGUCAGGAAUGGACAUUAUUCAUAGCCACAAAAGGCUCUAUGAUCUUGUUGCAGAUGGAGGAAUUGAAGGGUGUGGAAAUGUGUGUCAUAUAACAUUUUCUUUCUGCAUCACUUGUUCAUUCAUUCAUUCUAAUGUACUUUUGAAACAGACAUGUGUAGAUCAUGUGGCCUAAUGUUUUGUUUUCCAAAAUACUUAGAAGGAUUAAAGCUAGUUUCUGGUUUUUUGGGUA